AUGCCUCCAAAGUCAAUGGAGAUUGACUUUGGUAGGCGCAUUCGUGGCCCACGUGGCAGCAGCGGCGGCGUGGCACAGAUUUUCACCAAGGACGAUGGAGCGGGGGCACCGCCUCUUUCGUUGAUCACAACAAAUGCAGCUUCAAGGUCGCUUGCGCCCAAAGUGCUGCCACCCCUAACGCAAAGCUCGUAUGCUCCCUUAGCAGUCUGGCCUUCGAAACACAAGCGUGCCACGGUAGGAUCAAAAGCACCUUUAGCAGUGCAGCUGGAGGCGUUUGUUCGCAGGGAGCACCGGCUCUAUUUGCGCGAUCAUCCUGAAUGUGCGCAUGCUGAUACGUUGCACAUAGUGAGGGAAGCAUUCUCUGUUCUAAUUGAACACUUUUUAGAGUACAGAGGAAUCCUAUCCUUCAUCCGGGAUGAGUACGAGGCGACAUUCGAUGAGGUUGCCCAGGAAGUAAAGCGCUUGCGAACUCUUAACCUUGAAAACGAGAGCGAUCGUAGUCUCCAUGUGAUGGAGCUCAUGCGACAACGCGAAAGUUUCACGACAAUCAUUAGUAAUCAGCAGGCACAGCUGCGCGCGACUCAAGGGUUGGUUCACUCCCUCCGGGAGCAAGUGGCAGCUUACGAGCAUUCCAACAGCACGCUCACUGCCCAAUUGUCACAAAAGACGGAAGAGUGCAAGGAGGCUACACAGAGGUCUAAGAUGCUAGCAAAUGCCAUGAUUGAGGAAGCGUCUCGCAGUUCCCAUUUCAUGGAGAUCCACAAAACAGAUGAACGGGAGAUAGGUCGGCUGGGCGUCCAGGUGAAUUCUCUAAAGGAGAAGCUAGACGACGCGGAUAAACGCUUUAAUGUCCUUAUGAAGCAAAUGAUGUUUGGCACUGCGCGUCCAUUCAAGUGCGAGAAGACAGAAAAGAAGGACGCAGAUAAGAUCGCCCCCAUCACCGACGAUGAGACUAAGAGCGAGGGAAAAGAGCCCGAUGUCUCUAUUGCGGCUCUGCAACGCCGCAUCGACGACUUGCUCUUUGCCUACGAGCGUCUCAAGCUAAGGACUGAGGAGGCGGAAAAGAAGAGUGUCUCGGGGCCGGGUGAAAGCGGCGUGCGGGAGAAGACGCCCGAGGAACGACACUCAGAUACCUCUAACGCCGUAGCUUCGGUCACCUCGAGUGGGCUUAUUCAGUCAUGGCUGCUGCAGGAGAACCUCACAGAAGCUGAACUUGAUGCGUAUGACUAUCUGCUGCCACCAGGGAACUUUGAAGAAGAUCCACUUGCGUUCCUUAAGGUGUGCCGUCCUGUUCGGAAUCUCCGUCUUAAGAAGGGCGAAGUGAUCAGCAUGCUCCGCAGUUUUUGGCUUUCUCGUCAGGCCCACCGCCAGGUAUCGUUGCGUCACUACUUUCUCGACUGGCUUCGUCAACAGGCUGGGACAGCGAAGGCUGCGGAAGAGAUUGGCGUCAAUAUGCUUCGCGUUUGUCAGCGAAACCAUGAAGACCCCGAGUGCCGCGCCACGCUGCUUGCUCUCCACUUCUUCCUACCUGAGGACGUGAUUGUUGCGUGGCAGAGGGAUAUUAGGGAGCUGGAAGAAGUGUGCCGUGACGCCCCGCGCACACUUGGGGGUAUGACCGAUAGUUCGCUCGUUGUUAAUGCCUUGCGAACUACCAUGCCUGAUAAGAAAUAUGUGCACAUGUUGCAGUUACGCCUCUAUCUGUGGCGCAUCAGUGAAGGAACAGGAAGGGUGUCUGUCGAUCUGCUCUUCGACAAGGAUAGUCAUUUUGUGUGCAUGCUGAAGAAACAACUUCUUUUUGAAGUGGAAGAGUUUACCCUUCAGGUUGUUGAGUCCAUUCGGUCAGCCUCAGAGGAUUCGAAGACGGUUCGACUUCAGGACAUAACGAAUAUUAUUAGUGCUCUGGACAGUGACAUUCCAAAAGGAACAUUGCACUGUCUUGUGGCAGAGGCAACUCUUUUGACCGCCAUGGAUGUUGCGACGGCGAGUGCGAGUUUCACUGUAAAGCUGCAGCCUGUUUUGCACCGAUUCAGGAGCUCAGUCUUGUUGAGGAGAACAACACCUUCGCUAGGAGAUAAUAUAGAAUCUGAUCUGACAACGUGUGAUGAUGGCGCUGCGGAGGACAAGCCGCCUACUGUUUCGGUGGACGCUUCUAGUUGA